AUGUUAGAAGAUGGUAACAAUCACGAAUACCUCGUUCCUGAUGUAGCUGCUGCAUCGUCUUCAGAUGUUGUAGAACCAUGUAGAUCUGAGAUUAUUGAUAAUGAUGGUAGUAGAUUAGGUGGGACUCAAAUUGUUGCAAUUAGUGGUGCAUUAGCAGGAUUUUUAUCAGGUGUUGCAGUUUGCCCAUUAGAUGUUGCUAAGACUAGGUUACAAGCUCAGGGUAUGCAAUCCCAAAAUGAAAAUAAAUAUUAUCGAGGAAUGUUUGGGACUUUAAGAACAAUCUAUAGAGAUGAAGGACCAAGAGGAAUGUAUAAGGGUUUGGUACCAAUCGUGCUUGGAUAUUUUCCUACAUGGAUGAUUUAUUUCUCAGUUUAUGAAUUUUGCAAAGAUUUAUACCCAGCUUUAUUCCCUGGUUAUGAUUUUAUUUCACACUCAUGUUCUGCAAUUAGUGCGGGUGCAGUCUCAACAAUCUGCACAAAUCCGAUUUGGGUUGUAAAGACAAGAUUAAUGUUACAAACACAUGUUUCGACUAAUCCAACACAUUAUAAAGGUACUAGGGAUGCAUUUCGUAAAAUAUGGAACCAAGAGGGUAUAAAAUCUUUUUAUGCAGGGUUAAUACCGUCAUUAUUAGGUUUAUUUCAUGUAGCGAUUCAUUUUCCAGUUUACGAAAAAUUAAAGAUAACUUUUAAAUGUUAUGGAGAUUCGGAUCUACGAUCAGGAAGAUCUUUGCAUUUGGGAAGGCUAAUAUUGGCAUCAUGUUGUUCAAAAAUGGUUGCAUCUUUAAUCACAUACCCACAUGAAAUUCUUAGAACUAGGAUGCAAUUAAAGUCAAAUUUACCAAGUACUGUUCAAAAAAGAUUAUUUCCAUUGAUUAAAAACACUUAUCAAAGAGAAGGAUUUAGAGCUUUUUAUUCAGGAUUUGCCACAAAUUUAUUUCGAACAGUUCCAGCAUCUGCGAUUACGCUAGUAUCAUUUGAAUAUGUGAGAGAUCAUAUAACAUCCUUAAAUGAUAGUAUCUUGUCACCACCACCUUUACCUAGGAAGUCAUCACCAAAUUAA